AUGUCCUUGAUUGUCAUCUUACUCUGGGCCUUUCAGGUGGCUAGAGCGGCGCCAGCCGGCCCUGCUGAUCGCAAUACCGAUUGGCAACAGUACCUACGAGGAAGCUCCACACAGCCAGGACUUAGUUGGCCCCAUCAACAUCAAGGUUCAACCUCUAGUGAUUUACGUUCGAACUAUGAACUGCAAGAUGCAGGCGCCGGCUAUUGGUCGCCUGCCAACAGUCACUUCGACAGUGACCCGGCGCAAAGCUCGCAACACUGGGGAGAACAUGCACAUGACAUUCAGCCCUCUCAAUCCUGGAGCCACAAUUUCGCGCCUCAUCACCCACUUACACAAUACGAACACGACUACUCGUACACGCCACCCGAGUUGAACACGGAAGAUCUCGAGAUGCUUCGUGAUAUUUUAACGGACUCCGAUAACGAUGGAACGUCGUCAGUCUAUCGAUCGAAUGGAAGAGAUGCCAGCAUUGGAAAAAAUGUUGUCAAUGUUGGGCAUAUCAAUAAUGAUCAGACCCACAGCUCCCUAUACAGGGAUAUGCAUUUCUCUGACGCUGAGCCCUCUCAGUCAUGGAACUACGCGUCGACUCCUCAUCACACGAUCUCGCCGUACGACUUGUCGCAUACACCGCGCUUGCUGAACGCAGAAGAACUCGAAUUCCUUCACAAUGCUCUGAUGGCAUCAGAUAGUGAAGCACUUCCUCCAAGCGGGCGACCUAUAGGUGGAGAAACCAACACCGCAUUCAACGUGGCCAAGAACCCCCAAACAGACCAAGGCGAGUCGAUGUCCAGCUCAGUGCCACGCAAGCGUGUCAGGAAAAGCUCUCAAGUUCACGGUGAGGAGCGUAUUCGCAAGCAACCAGAAAGUCUCAAAAGGACUGAGCCCGAGGUACUGCGAAGUAUUCCUUAUACAGAGCCAUUGGGAAGUGACAGACAAACACUUGGCGUUCUAGCCUUGAGACCCAACGAAAAGCUCAUCCAAGAAAUAAGCUCUCGAGUCUUUGCCGGCAAGCUACGUGUGGCUCAAGAGCACCUUUUCUAUCACUUGCGUAUGGAAGACUACUUCAGAAAGUGGCCGUUGCGCAGACGCAAUCGUCGCCUUCCUCUUAUCAGCACAACCGCAGCCGACGGAAAGACUAAGCUCAGAAUUCACAUGACCGACCAUUACUCCUCCCCUAGAAAUGCAAACCUCCGAGGGACUAUACUGGAAAACAAACAAUACUACAUGUUUUUCGGCGUGCCCGAGACACUUCAAGCAAAGAAUCCGAUCGAGUAUUAUGGAUCCGGCUACAUUGAUGUGAAAGACCAUUCUGCUGUCGACCAACAUCUUUUGCCAUUGCUGAAAGGGUUGUGA